CUUCUCAUGUUGAGGUUUAUGAGAGGGUGUGCCGACCUGUCGAUGACGUUGCUUCAUCACUUCUGUUCAUCCUCGAACAACUAAUUCAUUGCACGCAUGGCUCACGCGCGCUCUCCCACAGUCCGCACUUCCUCCAGUCGAGAGAGCGAGAGGAGUCCACAUGCGCACCACUUAAUCCAGGAGGGGGGCUGGAUAUUUCAUAGACAGAUCCUAGCAUCGUUGAGUGCUAGAACAGAGAACAGACGCCGCGCGCAUUUGUAGACUAUGCCACGAAGUCGGACGUUGUUUUGAAGUGGAGUCUGAUCUGGCAGCCUGAAUGCGCUAAUCACCAAGAGAUAUCCGGCGUUAAGAAGCACUGAAAAGAGAUCAUCUGAGUCAUCUCCUCACACUAGAGGGUUUGAAAUGACCGGGGCGCGGUAAAUUCGCCUCAGAAGAAAAGGUGAAAGUUUUCCGGAGAAACAAAAGUGUUCAUAUGGACACGGAGAAUGACACCUGUCACCAUAGACACUCGGUGGAGACGGGCAGUCCCCUCAUCAGCGCGAUCAUGUUCUCCGCCGGAGUCAUCGGCAACGUUCUGGCGCUCGUGCUCCUGGAGGUCCGACGCAAGAAAGAUCAGAGCAGACAGCGGCUCUCCCUGUUCCGUCUGCUGGUGACCACGCUGGUCAUCACGGAUCUCACCGGGACAUGCCUCGUCAGUCCUCUUGUGCUGACAUCCUACUCGAUGAACACGACCAUGAUCGGGAUGACCGGGACGAACGACUCAACUACCGGGAUGGCCGUUUGCGAAUAUUUCGGGUUCACCAUGACUUUCUUCAGUUUGGCAACCCUGUCGAUACUCUUCGCGAUGGCCUUGGAGAGAUCCCUCUCCAUCGGUUACCCUUACCUAUAUAAACGGUACAUCAGCAAGCGCUGUGGAUAUUUCACCGUGCCUGUAAUAUAUGUACUGUGCUUUAUUUUUUGCCUUAUGCCAUUUGCGGGCUUUGGAAAAUAUGUUCAGUACUGCCCCGGGACUUGGUGCUUCAUAGAUAUGAAUCCAAAGGGACCGGAGGACAGGGUUUACGCCGAGGUUUACGCAACUGUCAUGCUCGUCAUAGUCGUGUCUAUAGUAGCUUGUAAUGGUUUUGUUGUCUAUCAUCUGGUUCUGAUGUACCGGAGGCGUAGCAAAAUGAACGGUGGCUCCAUAACCACGCGGAGCAGGAAGGACCGCAGGUACUUCUCCAUGGCUGAGGAGUUCGAACACCUCAUUCUGCUCGUGUUCAUGACGGUGAUAUUCGUAAUUUGCUCACUUCCGUUAAUGAUCCGUGUGUACAUCAACUCCAUCGGUCAGCGCGUGGAGAGUCACAAGACAGACCUGGUAGCCUUGCGUUUUCUGUCCAUCAACUCCAUCAUCGACCCCUGGGUGUUCAUCAUCCUCAGCCCCUCCGUCAUGCGCUUCCUCUGGGGAGCCAUGUGCAAGAGCUCCCUCAUGCGCUCCAGGGACUCUCUCUACCGGAGCUCGCUGGCCAGAAACUCGCUGGGCUCCAAAGACCCCCAGGCCCAGCUGGAGCUGUGUCAGGCCUCAAGCAUCACAGAGAUCACACACACACACCUGCACAAGUCUGCUCAGAUGGUGUGACCACAAGGACACGGGUGGAACGGGUGGCGUGAUUUGGGCAAAGUCAUGUGUGGAGUCUGUAACUACUCCCGAUGCGUAGCUUAGAGGAUCGUGAGUGAUUCUCAAAAGAGAGUUGAAAAGGGGAAAAGCUGAGAAGAGAUGUUUGUAAAUAAGCUGCAAAUGAGACUUAAAUGACUUUCAGGGAAGUGAGGCAAAGCAGCCGCUUUUUCUGCCCUGGCAUAAGGGACCAAUCAGAAGCCUCUGUGGGACUCUUUUCAACGUCUGAGCCACGCCCCUUCCUCCUCUCACAUUGACCACAGAAUGCUGCUUUUUUGGAGGAGGGGGUGGAGGAAGCUGGCUUGUUUAUUUGUCUGUGUUCUAAGACGGGCUUGAGACUCUUGAGAUUUACCAGUGGAGUCCUCUGCUGGCCUGUGCUGAUGUUUUAACUCAGGGUGACCAAGGCCAGGGAGCAGGCACACACGGCAGAGCUGCUGCUGGACACACACACACACACACACACACAUGCAAUAACACACGCACAUACAAACAUAUAAUAGCACACACACACACACACACACACACACACACACACACACACAAGAUCACACUCAUACAAUAACACACGCACAUACAAACAUAUAAUAGCACACACACACACGCAUGUGAUAACACGAUCAUUCAAACAUAUAAUAACACACACACACACACACACACACACACACACACACACAAUACCACACACACACACACACACACAGAGAGAGAGAAAGCACACACAGCACAGCAGUACUGUCGCUGGUUUUAGAGGGUGGUGACUUCCUGGCCCCCUAAAGGGCUUGCAGAGUUCGCAGCAGGACUGGGGGAGUCUUAGGCCACACACACACUCUGGCUACGUCUACACGAAACCAACACACACACUCUGGCUACGUCUACACGAAACCAACACACACACUCUGGCUACGUCUACACGAAACCAACACACACACUCUGGCUACGUCUACACGAAACCAACACACACACUCUGGCUACGUCUACACGAAACCAACGGGUGCUUUUUUCCUACCGCUUUCACACCUUUAACGAUAGUGGUAAAGAAAAGACUUGCGUGCACAAAAGGUAAAGACUUGCGUGCACAAAAGGUAAAGACUUGCGUGCACAAAAGGUAAAGACUUGCGUGCACAAAAGGUUAAGACUUGCGUGCACAAAAGGUAAAGACUUGCGUGCACAAAAGGUAAAGACUUGCGUGCACAAAAGGUAAAGACUUGCGUGCACAAAAGGUAAAGACUUGCGUGCACAAAAGGUAAAGACUUGCGUGCACAAAAGGUUAAGACUUGCGUGCACAAAAGGUAAAGACUUGCGUGCACAAAAGGUAAAAGUGGCUAAGUGUGUUGUAGUGCAUAAGCAGGUGUAGAAGACAAAACAUUGUUUUUGUUAAAGCAUUAGUCAUAGGUUGUAGUAAGCUAAUGUUUAACUAAGUUAAGCUAACAGUGUGCUUCUAACUUUGCCACAAAAGGCUGAUAUCUUGUGCACAUAAAUUAUGACAGGGAAAAGAAAAAACAUUUGAAUAUGUUUUUAAUGGUUCGGUUUGUUCUGACAAGCAGCAUGUGAAGUCGAGUGCGGUGGCUGAGUUGAGGGGUGGGGCUAUGUCGUCAUAAAAUUGCCAGCUUUGCUGUCUACACGGCAAAAGUUAUCCGGCGGUUUAAAAAAAAAUCCCACUUCGGAACCCAGUUUCAAAAAAUAUCGGUUACAGCCUCCUAAAAUGCCGGGGUCGUGUAGACGCAAGGCCUAACCGAUCAAAUAAAUUCAACACUUUCAAAAAACAGCGUCGUGUAGAUGGGCCCUUAAAAAUGCCCCCCCCCCCCUCCCCCCAGUGGAAUGAUUGAUGUCAUCGGACGUUGGUGCAUGUGUGCUGUGCUGUGCUGUGCUGUGUGAGCGGAAAGUCCCAUGUAGGUUUAGAGUUGUUUGGAGAAUUGAGAGAAGUUUGUUCAUCCCUAUUCAGUGACCUCUAGGGGCAGCCGAUAAAAAAGAACGCAGCUGUGACAUCAAACAGUGUUCUUGCACAGGCACAACGUCUGGAGAUCAGACAGACCUGACCAAAUGUUUCCCCACCAAAAAAGCCUUUCACCCUCAUAGCCUGAGUCUUAACGUAAACAGGUCGAAGGGUCAACACACUGGCUCUCCGCAGUUGAGUUUUGACUUUAGUUACUUUACUUGAGGAGGUGCGUUGCGCAAUGUCUAUUAUUUUCACUAGGGGCAGACCCAAAAUUCCACUCGGCCAGAGAGAAGGGGGUCUGACAAGACACUUUUUAGUAUUACCAGUUUUAUGGAUGUAGCUUACGUAAGUGUCAUUCAAAGUGUGUGUGUUUGACUUCGCUAAAUGGGGUCAAAGAGAAAGCUCUGACUUAUUUAAAGUGCUCAUUUCACUGCAUUGGUGGUUUAAAUGAAUGUAUGUGUGUAUAUGUGUUCAUGUGUGUGUUUGAGAAAGAGAGAAUAUAUGUGUAUGUGAGAGAGAGAAGAGAGAGAGAGAGGAUUAAUAAUGUGUCUAUAAGUGUUUUAGUAACCAUAAUUCAGUAAGGCAAAGUUUGUUAUGGUUGUUAUUGAUGGUAAAUGAGUUAUUCCCUCUUGUCGGGAGACGUUAAGUGCACUGGGCUCUGUCAAGUUUGUCAAUGCUAUGGUAUAUCUGUGUGCCAUGUAAGAGGACAUUGUUUGUGAAUCCCUGUAAAUUUCUGUUUUAUUCAAUAGUGUUUGUUGUUUAAAACCUUGGGUCUGAUCUGCAUGUGAAAGUAAUUUCCCUCUGUAAUUAAAAACAACAUGUUAAACCUC